AUGGAGAGAGCCCGGCCGGAGCCGCCACUGCCACCGCCACCGCCACUGCUGCUGCCCCGCCAACUGCCGCGGGGGUCCCUGCCGCGCCCGCUCCGCCCUUCCCUGCCCCUGCUGCUCUCGCAGCCUCCGGCCGAGGGCGCCCCCUGCCGGCAGCCCGCCGAGCCCCCUCAGCCGUCGCCUCGGUCCCCCCCGGCUCCCCUCCAGGUGUCCGGGCCCCGAAGCCCCUCCCCUUGCCAAGCCCCCGGGGAUCAGCCCCUGUCGCUGCAUCCCCACUCCGGAGCGGGCAGGCCCCCUCCUCGAGGCCCGGCCCCCGCCGCCCCCCGGCUGCUCCUGCAGGUGAAGGCGGAGCAGCCCCCGCCCCCGCCGCCUCCCCCUCUUCCUCCUCCCCCUCCUGCUUCCAUCCUGCUCUUGCAUCCCACCCCCGCCGCAGAGGAGGCAGCGACGCCCCCGGCCCUGCCUUGCCACCCCUCCGCUGCCACUGCGGCGUCUGGCCCGACCAGGCUGUUGCAGGUGAAGUCCGAGCAAGUCCUACUCUUGCCCCCUGCCCUGGUGUCCGGGGAGGGUGCAACUUGCAGGGGGGAGCAGCUGCCGCCGCCGGCCCAGCACAUCCCUGCGAGCAGGGUGCUGCAGGUGAAGGCUGAGAAGCAGGAGUUGCAGACAGCCAGGGAAGGAGCAGGACAGGAACUCUUGGGAAGAAGGGGGGCUGAGGGUGGCCACAGGGCUGCCAGAGGGGGCAAAGGUGAAGGUCCGAGCCCAGCCACUGAUAGCCGCAGAGUGGAGGAGAAGAAGGGCAGCAAGGCGGAGGCAGAGGAGAGCAGGCGGGAGAUGGCCAAAAACAGUGGGGAGAGCAAAAGCCUUGUUGGGGCUGUGAGAGAAGGAGCCAUAAAAACUGAGGAGCCUGAAAGGAUGCGUGAAGACUGCAGGCAUGGCAAAGAUGCUGCACAAGUCAAGCCACCUGCAUCCAAUGGCGUGGUCCAUUCCAACAAGGAUGUCAUUUUGGCUCAGCCUCCCAGUGGGUUUGGCCCCCAUUCACAAGAUCUGAGGAUACCUUUGACUCUUCAUACUGUACCCCCUGGGGCCAGAAUCCAAUUUCAGGGACCUCCGCCUUCAGAGCUGAUACGAUUGACUAAGGUGCCUCUGACACCAGUGCCUAUAAAAAUGCAAUCCUUACUGGAGCCUUCAGUAAAAAUAGAAACCAAAGAUGUCCCGCUCACCGUGCUUCCCUCAGAUGCAGGAAUUCCUGAUACUCCCUUCAGUAAAGACAGAAAUGGUCAUGUGAAGCGACCUAUGAAUGCAUUUAUGGUCUGGGCAAGAAUCCAUCGCCCAGCACUAGCCAAAGCUAACCCAGCAGCCAACAAUGCAGAAAUCAGUGUCCAACUCGGGUUAGAGUGGAACAAACUUAGUGAAGAACAAAAGAAACCUUAUUAUGAUGAAGCACAAAAAAUUAAAGAAAAGCACAGAGAAGAAUUUCCUGGUUGGGUUUAUCAACCACGUCCAGGAAAACGAAAACGCUUCCCCCUAAGUGUGUCCACUGUGUUUUCUGGUACUACGCAGAAUAUCAUCUCUACAAAUCCAACAACAAUUUAUCCUUAUCGCUCACCUACAUACUCUGUGGUUAUCCCCAGCCUACAGAACACUAUCACUCAUCCAGUUGGUGAAGCCCCACCUACUAUCCAGCUACCCACACCUCCAGUCCAGCGUCCAAGCCCUAUUACACUGUUACAACCAAGCGUUGCCAGCACUGCUCAGGUGGCCGUCCCGGCUCCAAGCUUGCCUCUUCGUCCAGCUCUUCCACCACAGCGCUUUGCUGGACCCACCCAAACGGACACUCAUCAUCUGCAUCCAGGAGCUAACCGCUCUGUAAAGAGACCGACCCCAGUCUCUUUGGAGAGUACCAGUAGAAAUCCAACUAGUGCAAGUACUGCUCAUGCCAGAUUUGCCCCCUCUACCAUUCAGCCCCCUAAGGAGUACCCCAGCGUUUCUACUUGUCCCCGAAGUGCACCAAUCUCUCAGGCUCCACCCAUUUCACAUCCUCAUGUCUAUCAACCCCCUCCCAUUGGCCACCCAGCCACUUUAUUUGGUGCACCUCCUCGAUUCUCCUUUCAUCACCCUUACUUCUUGCCAGGACCUCACUACUUCCCAUCAAGCACGUGUCCUUAUAGUCGUCCUCCCUUUGGCUAUGGAAAUUUCCCAAGUUCAAUGCCAGAAUGCCUUGGCUAUUAUGAAGAUAGGUACCAAAAGCAUGAGGCUAUGUUUUCUGCCUUAAAUAGAGACUAUCCCUUCAGAGACUACCCAGAUGAACGUACACACAGUGAAGAUUCUCGAAGCCGUGAAAGCCUGGAUGGAGCCUCUUACUAUAACAGCCAUAGCCAUAGUGGGGAGGAAUAUUUAAACCCCAUGCCUCAACUGGACAUUGGAGCCUUAGACAAUGUAUUCACAGCUCCUGCAUCUACUCCCUCUAGUAUCCAGCAGGUUAAUGUAACUGACAGUGAUGAGGAGGAAGAAGAGAAAGUGCUCAGGGAUUUAUAA